AUGGGCGGCAAGGCUAAAUUUAAAAAGCAUACGGCGGCGGAACUCGAGCGGCGCCAGAAGCAGGUCAACAAAGGUGGAGGCAAAGCUGGUGCAUCAACGCGAGGAGUUGCCAAACUAAAUUUCACCUGUGACAUCUGCAUGAGCGCGUCACCAGACAUCAAGUCUUUUGAACAGCAUUACGCAAGCAAGCACGCGAAAGCCACAUUCGACCGUGAGGCCAUGAUCCAGAAAGCCGAGGCCCUGCGUGAAUCACAGCAGGACCAGUCCGCCGCUGGCUCCCAUUUCAAAAAGAAAUAA